AUGUCUUUCCUCGUGAAACUCGGUCUAAUCUUCGCUUUACUCACAAGUUGGGCAUCAUGCUUCUCCAAGUUUUUACGUCCCCCGGAGCAGGACCCAGAUCAAGCAGUUGACCAGGACAUGACGAAGAACAACCACUAUGAAGAUGGAGAAAUGAUCCCGAUCCUAUGGAACACCAACAUCAAAAAGGUUGACCUCUAUAUUUGGCAAUUCAUUGACGCUCAAAAGAACACAACCGCUCCUUUAAUAGACAAUGGUACAUCUCCUUCUAGUGACUGGAAGGCUCAGUAUGAUAUUUCCAACGCGACAAAGAACAACGAGGAUUGCAUUUAUUGGUUUACGUUAAUGGACAGCAAAUAUGGCGGGAUAUUAGCCAAGUCCCAAUAUGUAAACGUCAGCGCGCCGAAAGCCGAGGAGACCACGACGGGUUCGUCCGCGAGCAGAGAGACAAGUUCUGUACCUAAGCCUAGCUCUAAAUCUGGGUUGUCUCGCGGUGAGAUUGCCGGUGUAGCAGUCGGCGCCACGAUUGGAGGUUUGCUGGUUCUUGGGGGCAUUGGAUGGUUGGUUUGGAGAAGACGGACGAGAAGGAAAAAUAAUGCGGCGCCGGCAGAGCUUCCUGGGCAUUAUGAGGGCCAGCCUCAUUCUGACAGACCGAAGAGUGAGCUACCUGCUGAGCCUGUGAUCUUUCCUCCAGAGCGUCCGAGGAGCCCUCCUAGAAUUUAUGAGGCACCAUGA